CGAAGAAGACUGCCAUGUCAGAAAGUACGCAAACUUCAAGCUCUGAUCACAAUGACAAUGGAUCUGUACGAAGAAAGAAGGCCACGAGAGCGUGCUUUCAUUGCCAGAAGGCGCACUUGACAUGUGACGAUUCCAGGCCUUGUCAGCGAUGUAUCAAGAGAGAUCUAGCAGCUUCAUGUACCGACGGUAUUCGCAAAAAAGCAAAAUACUUGCAAGAUUCGAAUUAUGAUGAUCCCAAUACAUUGUUUGGGCAUGGGGGGUACCCUCCCGCAACUGGCAAUUAUGGUUUUGGUUCAGAAGCAGUGAAUCUAGAAUAUUCAAUCUUAAGCAAUAUGUUAUCCUCGGCUUCUACAGAAUCAUUAGGUCAACAUUCUGGAUUUGCGGAUAUAGGAAUGAUUGAUCAAAGCUGGCAGCAACAUCCUUUACCACGUACGAGCCCUGUCGUCGCAACAUCUGGAGUUAAUGGUGAUAAUUCCAAUCAACGAAGAGAAACUUCAGGAAAAAAGAGAUCACACCUGAUCACACCUGAAAAUGUUUAUGCGAAUGUCAAGAAGCCAUUCUCAUACAUAGAAGGAUUUCAUUAUUUAGUUAAUUGGGUUAAGAGUAGAAUGGAUAAAGAGCAUAUAGAACGAAUUGUUAGGGCAUUAGCAACAUUUAGACCAUCAUUUAUUGCACUUAUAAUGAACUUGACAGAAGAGGAUUUGAUCUUUAUGGAGAAAUGCUUCCAGAGAACAAUAUUAGAAUUUGAGAAGUUAAUAAGUUUCUCGGGAACUCCUACUGUUGUUUGGCGCCGAACUGGUGAGAUUGCUUUAGUGGGUAAAGAAUUCUCGUUAUUAACGCAGUGGAGCAAAGAUCAGCUACUUGGGAAAACCACAUAUAUAUAUGAGGUUAUGGAUAAUCAAUCUGCGGUAGAAUAUUGGGAGAAAUUUGCAGCACAUGCCUUUGAUAACUCGAGACAGUCCGUGAUGACUACUUGUAUUUUAAUAAGACCCAGCGGGAUUCCGGUACCCUGUACCUUCUGUUUUACCAUUAAACGCGACAUUUUUGACAUUCCACUAGCUAUCGUAGGAAAU